AUGUCGGCACCCGCACUCUUCUCCACCGUGAGCGCCACCACGGCCACUGCCAUAACCUUGUUCUUAAUCUGCAAGUCUCGUCUCAUGCGCGUCAGCCCCUACGAAAAGAAUCUCACAACACACCAUCACCAACAACCCAAACGCAAUCCCGAACAACCCAAACGCGAUCCACGUGGCAAGAUACUAUUCGUUUCCCAAAUCGGAACUUCAAAAGCCCUAGCGACGUGCCUCUGCGAUUUGUUAGAGUCGAAAGGCGUCGUUUUGGACGUCGUAGAUGCCCGGAAUUACGAGCCCGAAGCCCUACCCAAGGAGAACCUCGUCGUCCUCGUUGCUUCAACUUCGGAUGUUUGGAACCUAUCUCCAGCACGGGAUUUCUCCUCCAAUCACGACCUAGCUUGGGGAGCAAGGUUCUUCGUCGGUUGGAUCAAGGAAAAAGCGAAAGCCUUUAAGGUUGGAGCGUUUGUUGUGAAUGCUUGCAGUUUCAGUGCCUUUGUGGUGGGCAGACAGGUUACUGAAGGUGGCAAGAAUUUGAUGGCUAAGGCCGCUAAUGAGAUUAGGGUUUUGGGGCACACUGCUGAAUCGAACGCCGAUUUUGACAGCUGGUGGGGAAGUGGUGUUGCGGUUUUGCAAGGUGCUGUUUUGGGAGAUGUUGCUGACGGAAUAUGCGAGAAAUCUAAACUUGAGGAUGCUGGUUCUUCUGAUCCAAAGCGUUUAUAUAUGUUGGUGGAAAAUGGGGAUUGGAUAACAGAGGAAACUGAGACUGGUUGGAGCUUCACUAAUAUCAUCAAGCACAGGAUGUUAACUAUCAAUGACGACAACUUUAUGAAAGAUGGCACUAUUAAACUUGAUGAAGUAGGUGGUGUAACUCCUGAAUGGCCACUUAAAGAUGAUCUAUUCGUCCACAACAGUCGGUUACCAACUUCUCAAGGAUUUUGUUCUGUUGGUCACUGCUUUUUCUUUGCUGGUGGUUUUUUGUCUACUAUUUUACCAGAAUGGAACUUGAGUCUGGACGAUCAUUUCCCAUCAAACCUGUGGUGCCUCAAGUUUAAGGAUUCUACUUGGGUUUGGAGUAUAUGUGGAAGCAUGUUCUGCCACCGAUCAAAUCCCUUAAUAGUCCCACACGAUGGCAAAUUGUACAUCUUUGGGGGUCAUGAAGUAGGUGCACAUUGGGUUGAGAUCUAUAGCCUAAAAUCAGGUCUUUGGGAAAAAAGGGAACUGCCCAAUUCUGCUCUCUUGCCAGAUCUCACGUGCCCUCCUAGCUCUUACUUUUUUUGGGAGGAUAGCAACAAGAGUCACAAGAAGACCCGCAUUGUAUUGUAUUCUGUUGAUUAUAAGUAUAACCGUCAGUGGCUCAUGUCAUAUGACGUCAAGGCUAACAGCUGGGAAGCAGUUGAAUGCAAUUUUCCGUCAGUUCCUGAAGCUUGUUCUCGAAAAGUAUUUUGGUUGGGAUGCAGCCAUUAUCUUCUGAUUGUUGACUUCGGUGAAAUGGGGUGGAAGUGGUAUAUUUAUGACUUGUCCAAGAAGAAGCUUGUGGCAGUAGUGCCCAUAGAUGAUUUGGACAACAGUGGGAUGGUAUCAAAUAUUUUUUGUUGCCACCACACUAGCAAAGAAAGGUUGAUCUAUGUAUUCAUGGAAUUCGAUGAAAGGGCUUUCGAGGAAGGGUCAAAUCUUCCUCAGCUUGUUCCUUAUGCCAGAGUCAGGCUCCAACUCAAACCCUUUUCUGCCAAGAUUGAAUCCAAGGGUUAUCUUAGAGUUGGUCCUCAUUACAAAUGCUAUAUGUUUGCUGUUGGAGAUGAAGGCAAUAAAGAGAAGAGUGUAGUUUAGUAUGGAGGUGUGGUGGAUAUUAGGAAUUAGAACUUGACAAUGAAUGAAAAGUAGCCAAAGAAAGAAGUGAUGGAUAGCAAAGUGAUAUGAAAGCUCUAGCCACCUUGAAUCCAACUUUGUUACCAAGACAUGCAUGCCAAUCUGCCUUUCUACAAGUAUACAAAUAUUUUGUAAGCCAUGUAUUUACCUCUUUGGCCUGAAACACAGGACUCAACAUCUCCCAAGUCUAAGUGCAAUUCAAAUGUAUAUACUCUUUUAUCAUGAUUUAUGUCUAGAAACAAACAACUUUUAUUAAAUAUACUUUACUUG